CAUAUUGUCUUUUCCCCCAUUGAAUGGUCAUUAACACCCUUUUGGAAAAUCACUUGACCAUAUAUUGUAUAAGGUUUUAUUUCUGGGCGGUUGCUGACUUGCUCUUGACCCAUCUGUUUUCAGUUUUGCCUGAGCUUGCCAUCAUCAAUUUCUCUAGAGAACACACCUCCAGUUUUAUAUGGAGUUGUCUAGGGUAGUUGCAGGUUGCUCAGGGUGAGAGGAGGAUCUCAGGGAAUCUUAAUUGCUUCUUUUCAAGACUUUCAACUUGUCUUGUUUUCAUACAGCCUCUAGUUUUGAUUCACAGAAAUCUAAUUCCCACAGGCCUUUCUGGGAUUUUGUCGGUUUCUGGCCUGCUUCUUCUUGUUAGGUUUCCCAUCUAUAUGCUUCAGAUUUAUCUCUUUCCAAGCUAUUAAAUUAGUUCUCUAGUUUCCAAACUGAUGACUUGUGUGUACUAUUAUCCAUCGAUUCUUUUUGUUCUUCUGGAUUUAUGCCAUUUGUCUUUACUGUAAAGCGGAUUCAGGACAGAGCAGAGCUUUGCCCGAAGUUUUUACAUACAAAUUCUACUAGUCACACUUGGCCAUUCAGUGCAGUUGCUGAAUUAAUAGAUAAUGCAUAUGAUCCUGAUGUGAAUGCUAAACAGAUAUGGAUUGAUAAAACAUUGAUAAAGGACUAUAUAUGCUUGACAUUCACUGAUAAUGGGAAUGGUAUGACUUCAGAUAAAUUGCAUAAAAUGCUAAGCUUUGGCUUCAGUGACAAAGUCACCGUGAAUGGUCAUGUCCCAGUUGGAUUGUAUGGGAAUGGUUUCAAGUCAGGUUCUAUGCGUUUGGGUAAAGAUGCAAUCGUUUUUACCAAAAAUGGAGAAAGCAUGAGCGUGGGCUUCUUGUCUCAGACCUACUUGGAAGCCAUAAAAGCAGAACAUGUUGUUGUCCCCAUAGUGGCAUUCACCAAACACCGACAGGUGAUUAAUUCAGCGGAAUCAAAAGCAAGCCUUGCUGCAAUUCUGGAACAUUCUCUGUUUCCUACGGAACAGAAAUUACUAGCAGAAAUGGAUGCUAUUAUUGGUAAGAAGGGGACGAGGAUCAUCAUUUGGAAUCUUAGAAGCUACAAAAAUGCAACAGAGUUUGAUUUUGAUAAGGAUAAAUACGACAUCAGAAUUCCAGAAGAUUUAGAUGAGACAACAGGGAAGAAAGGGUACAAGAAGCAAGAGAGGAUGGACCAAAUUGCCCCUGAGAGCGACUACUCCCUGAGGGCUUACUGCAGUAUAUUAUACCUAAAGCCAAGAAUGCAGAUCAUCAUACGUGGACAGAAAGUGAAGACACAGCUAGUUUCGAAGAGUCUUGCCUACAUUGAACGUGAUGUUUAUCGACCCAAAUUUUUAACUAAAACAGUGAGAAUUACUUUUGGAUUCAACUGCAGAAAUAAAGAUCAUUAUGGGAUAAUGAUGUAUCACAAAAAUAGACUCAUCAAAGCUUAUGAAAAAGUUGGAUGUCAGUUAAGGGCAAACAACAUGGGUGUUGGAGUAGUGGGAAUUAUCGAGUGUAAUUUCCUAAAGCCAACUCAUAAUAAACAAGAUUUCGACUAUACUAAUGAGUAUAGGCUUACAAUAACAGCACUAGGAGAUAAACUCAAUGAUUACUGGAAUGAAAUGAAAGUGAAGAAAAAUGCAGAGUAUCCUCUUUUAAGUUUGCCAGUUGAAGAUAUACAGAAACGCCCUGAUCAGACAUGGGUUCAGUGUGAUUCCUGCCUAAAGUGGCGAAAAUUACCCGAUGGGAUAGAUCAACUUCCAGAAAAAUGGUAUUGCUCCAAUAACCCUGACCCACAGUUCAGAAAUUGUGAUGUUCCAGAAGAACCUGAAGAUGAGGAUUUGAUGCAUCCCACUUACGAGAAAACCUACAAAAAGAAAGACAGGGAAAAAAUCAGGAUCAGACAUCUGGAAAGGAUCCCACAGAUUUCUACUGCCGACCUGUUUGGCACCACCCCCGUGCCAAGUCAGAGCUUUUCUCCUGUGAAGGAAAGUGUUCCAAGAGGCCAUCUUUCAGAGUCAGUAAAUGCUUAUGCAACAAGACUCAUGAAUAAUCACCGAGGGUCACCGCAGUCUGAGCCUGAGAGCAACAGCAUGAAACGGAGACUUUCUACUCGUUCCUCGAUUUUGGAUACAAAGAUUCGCAGAUUGAGUAAUCCAGCAUUUGAAAAUUCAGCUUAUAAAAAUGAUGAUGAUGAAGAUAUCAUCAUCGUAGAAGAAAACAGCACUCCCAAGCCCGCAGUAGAGGCUGACGUUGAAGUGAAAUCGGAACAGUCUCUCAUGGAGCGAAGUGGUGUUCCAGUCGAGCCUAUGGGUGACCCCGAACCUUGUGGCCAGACCAGUUCAGCAGGCACCUCAUCAUCCAGCUGUGACCCGGGAAUGGCUGUGGCCACCCAGACUGAAGUACCAGGUAUAGUUGUCAAAAAGGAAGAAACGAUUGAAGAUAACAUAGAUGCAAGAAAUGACACAGCCGUCCUGCCAUCCUGCGUGGAAGCUGAAGGAAAGCCGCACGAAACCCAGGAAACCUUAGAUAAAUCUGUGGCUGAGGCCGGUUCCCAGUUAGAUAGACUGCGAAAUGAGCUGCUUCUAGUCACCCAAGAAAAAGAAAAUUACAGAAGACAAUGUCAUAUGUUUACUGACCAAAUUAGAGUGUUACAGCAUAGGAUACUGGAGAUGAACAACAAAUAUGUGAAGAAGGAAACUUGCCAUCAGUCGACUGAAACUGAUGCUGCCUUUUUACUUGAAAGUAUUAAUGGCAAAUCUGAAAGUCCAGACCACAUGGCAUCUCAGUAUCAGCAAGCUCUGGAAGAAAUAGAAAGGCUGAAAAAGCAGUGUAGCGCUUUGCAACAUGUAAAGGCUGAAUGUAGUCAGUGUUCCAGCAGUGAGAGUAAAAGUGAAGUGGAUGAAAUGGUUGUGCAGCUCGAUGACGUAUUUAGACAGCUGGACAAGUGCAGUAUUGAGCGGGACCAGUAUAAAAGUGAGGUUGAAUUAUUGGAAAUGGAGAAAUCACAAAUUCGUUCACAGUGUGAAGAACUGAAAACUGAAAUUGAACAAUUAAAAUCCACAAGUCAACAGAUAGGAACAGAUGUUUCAACUUCAAGUAACGUUGAGGAGUCUGUAAAUUAUGCUGAUGGGGAAAGCCUCAAACUACGAUCUCUUCGAGUUAACGUAGGACAACUGCUGGCCAUGAUAGUACCUGACCUCGACCUUCAGCAAGUGAAUUAUGAUGUUGAUGUAGUUGAUGAGAUUUUAGGACAAGUUGUUGAACAAAUGAGUGAAAUCAGUAGUUCUUAAAGUAUAUUUUAUGUGAGAUAAUAAAAAUAUUUGCUCAGUCCUUCUGGUUGUACAGCUUUCAAAAUGUAAACAGUUUUAUAGAUACGAUAGGUGACUGACUGAAGAAGCGUAACUUACUGUGUUCUAUGCAUUCAGGUGUGGCCACAGCUAUGUGGGUGCGUGUUCUCACACCUUUAAAUGCCCGGGCGUCAUUGGUAUCAGCGAAUAACUAGCUAACUCAUGUUUCUGUUUUGAAAUGUAAAUAGUUGUAAUUAAGUCUGCACUUAUAUUUUUAUUACCCUAGAGGACUUAAGUGUUUUUCACCAGAGGAUUUCAGGUUGCCCCUAACCUUUGUGCAAUCUUUUUUGGUUCCCCAAAGUGUAUUUUUAUCUGAAUUGAGGGCUGUGCCAUAACACAAAUGGAAAUGUCACCUUUGAUUUUCUAAACAGAAGUUUAAGCAGGGUUUUUAAAAAAUGGAUUAACACUCCUGUUAAGCUGUAAAUGAAUUCAGCAUUAAUGUUUCUUUUCUAUGAAUUCCUAUCUCCUGAAGUAUUCAUGAAAACAAGGUAAGCAAAAACUACCCAUUUUGCUGGGAUUUUUCUUGUGCCGAGAUUGCCAAUCAUGGUUAAAGAACGUGAUUUUUACAGAACAAAGAAAUGACCGUUAGUAUAAAAAAAGUAUCAGAAAAAUUUAAUGUCUCACCAUGUUUACUUUGAAGCCCAUUUUGGCUGCUUAGUCAGCAUGGAGUGGGCACAAUAAUGGUUUACUAUUUCUUUUUAUGAAAUUUCCUGUACAGCCUUUUGUAGGAUUACUACAGGUAAAUGUGCAUUGAGGAAGACAAUCUUUCUCAAGCAGUACUGCGUACCUUUUAGUAUGUUACAAACCUAAGUGUUUCAUGUCCUGGAAUUAAGCAGCAAAUUGCCCUAGGAUUAUAGUAUUACAUGCCAUAAAAAGUAUACUUUAUUGGACUCAUGUUUUGUGCAAUAAAGAGAUGGCUUUCUAUUUCUAUUAAGUAUAACUGUAUAUAUAAUUAAGAGUCAUAUUUUCCACAACAAAAAAAAAAUGUGUAUUAUUUUUUUUAGAGUUUUAUCAUUGCUAUUUAUUUUUACUUUUGUUUCUGAACAUUCAGUACGUGGUCUUUUUCAUAUGUAUAAUGCUUAAUUACAUGUCUGUCAUAUAUAGUAUUUUUACUGUACAUUAAGUUCUAGAAAAAGCAAAUAAAUGAAGAUGAUUUAUUUGCUUGAUAAAGUAAUUGAAAGUGUAUUUUUGGUAUGAAGCUGGCUUUCUGUCACAAUUGUAUCUGCCUAAAAUUUAAAAUAUCUUGUAAUAAAAUAAAAAUAUAUAUGAUGACUAACUCUUUAGAUACUACUUUUAAAGAACUUUCUAUUCAAAUUAUAUUUUGAAAACUAAAAUUAAGACUCCGUUAAGACUCUGAAGAUGAGUUCAUUUUACUAAAGUAUAAGUUACAUUUAGAGGAUUAAGACUGUGUACAUUAAACUCUUAAGACUGAGCUCACCUUGAGAGGGAGUGUGUGGUUAUAUUUUACACUUGAGGAGAAACCUUUUCUGUGAAUAAAUCGCUUAAUCUAAAGAAACCUUGCUUGAAUGAUAACAGCCAUGUAAAGCAUCUCUAAGUUUGUGAAUAUUUUUAUAGCAGUUCUUUCUGGAAUUUGCUAUUUUUCUCUUCCUUUUGGUCAGCUGUAUUCUUGCAAAAAGCAUCUAUAAAUAUGGCUCUUAGCUGGCUUAAUGGGAAGGGUAUUCAUAGGAUUAAUAAGAGAAGCUUGUUUGGUAAAUUUGGAAGUACUUAAAUAUUUUUCACCCUUUAAGAAAAUAUUGCCAAGACAGAUUCUUUGCAAAUGUGGCGAACAAAUUUUAACAGAACAACAUGGGCUUUCAUGGCAUAUGUAAUAUUUGGGUAGAGAUACCUAUCUUUUUUGUUAAGUUAAAUUCGUAAAAGGCUAAUAUAGGACAGUGUUGCUAAAUUAAUUAUUUUUAAAACAAAAACAACAUGAGGAAGUAAACCAGAAUAGUCCACAGUCGCUGCAGACAGGACCCACUUUAGUCAGCCAAGCCUACAAAAUCAGUAACAGCUAAGUGUUGACCCCGCAGGAGUGGGGUCAUAUCGAUGUGUCCUUCACUGGG